UCUCUCUCUCUCUCUCCUCUCUGCAUAAAAACUCAUUUCUCCCGCUCGUACCUUAGGCCAGAGAAACACGCAAAAAUGAAGCUCGUUUGGUCUCCAGAAACCGCUUCAAAAGCUUUCAUCGAUACGAUUAAAUCAUGCGAUAAUUUCAAAGAAUUCGGCGUCGCCGAGCUUCUUUCCGCUAUGGCCGCCGGCUGGAAUGCCAAACUCAUUGUACAUGCUUGCUCCACCGCCUCCUCCUCCGUCGUCACCACCAUCGGCCUCUCCGUUGCGGCGCGACACACUGGCGGACGGCACGUCUGCGUAUUGGCGGACGAGAGGUCGAAAUCAGAGUACGUGAAGGUCUUGCAGGAGGCCGGCGUUUCGACGCCGGCGGAGAUUGUGGUUCAUGAGGCGGAGGCGGCGAUGGCGGCGGUGGUCGGAGUGGACUUUCUGGUGGUGGAUUGUAAGCGGAGGGAUUUCGCUAGGGUAUUGAGGUUCGUUAACGUGAGUGAUAAAGGGGCAAUUUUGGUAUGUAAAAACACGUGGAUUAGAAGCUUCGAGAAGAUUUGCUAUUGUGCGCUCCUCCCGAGGGGGAUACGUGUCGUUAGAUCGGUGAGUUUGCCGGUGGGUCAGGGGUUGAGUAUUAUCCAUGCGGGAUCAUCGAACGGCGCCAGCAGCGGCAACGGUUCGAUCUCGAAGAGCAAACUCAGCCGUUGGAUGAGGCAUAUUGAUGAACGGUCCGGGGAAGAACACGUGUACCGGAAGCUAAUCUGAACCGGUUUGUUUGAAAUGAAUAGUAAAUAAAUAAAACCAGGUCGGACUAACUGGUUUGUUUGA